AUGGAUUCCUCCUUCCCCUCUUAUGUUACGGAUAUUUUACCGCCAUGCCUGCUAAUAUUUGCAAUCAUGCUCCCCAAAGGCAUGUGUGCUUUGAGAGUGCAUUGUAAUGAAAAAGACCACAGCCUUCUCUUAAACUUCAAACACACUGUUACUGAUCGAUCUCACAUCCUCUCUAGUUGGUCUCACGAGCAACAUUGCUGCGAAUGGGUUGGAGUUCAAUGUGACAACAUCACUGGUAGAGUUACAGAGCUUAGUCUCCCUUGUUCUCCUGAACUCUCUGCUAAUACUUGUGAGUAUGACAAAGUAAACUGUCUGGCAGGUGAACUUCACUUAUCUUCGCUUCAACUUGAAUUUCUGAAUUACUUGGAUUUGAGCAAUCAUGACUUCCAAGCUGUCACCCUCAAUGAUUGUCCUCAUUCAUGUGAAAAUAUUAAUUCUUCCAAUCUUCUUUAUCUUGAUUUAUCAUAUAAUGAGGAUCUCCAUUUUGAUCAUCUUCAUUGGCUUUCUUUUUUUCCCUCCUUGGAACAUGUUAACCUUAGUGGCAUUAAUCUUCAAGGAAAAGUUGACUGGAUUCAACUACCAACUCUGCUUCGUUCAAUCAAAGAGUUACGCUUUGAUAGCUGUCAACUUAGAAACAUCAAUCCAUUUCUCCAGUAUGUCAAUCUUACUUCACUUGAAUUCAUUGGCCUUUCUGAUAACAGCUUUAGCUCUCUCUUGCCUGUUUGGUUAUUCAAUCUUAGUGAUCUCACUUUUAUUGACUUGAGCUAUAAUAAUUUUCAAGACCAGUUCCCAAAGGGGUUACUAAACCUUCAAAAAUUACAAACCUUGUAUUUAAAGCACAACAAACUCUUCGGAUCCAUUCCAGUUUGGUUAGGCCAACUUGAACAUCUACAAGAAGUUGAUGUUACUGAAAAUUUAUUUUCUGGUCCUAUUCCCUCAACUUUGGGAAAUUUAACAUCCUUGACUCACCUUCAUGUCUCCUCAAAUCAUUUAGAGGGUAGUCUUCCAGAAAGUCUUGGGCAACUCUUGAACUUGGGCGUAUUAGAAUUUGAUGAUAAUCACUUAACAGGCCAUGUCUGUGAAAGAAAUUUUGCCAAUCUCUCAAAGCUGACUGUUCUAUCCAUGGGAUCUCCAGGCUUGAUCUUUGAAUUUGACUCUCUUUGGAUUCCUCCUUUUCAACUUGAACAAGUUGAUUGUUGGACGAAUUGGAAAUCGUUAGCUAUUAUUAGUCUCAGCAACAAUAAUCUAGCAGGAACAAUCCCCAGAUCAUUGAGCUUUUUGUCAAAUCUUACAGUUUUGCAUCUCAACAAAAAUAACUUACUUGGGGAGUUACCUUUAUCAUUGAAAAAUUGCCAGAACCUGCAAGACCUUGAUGUUGGAGAAAAUAAAUUAUCAGGGUACAUACCAUAUUGGAUAGGACAUAAUGCAAGGGUUCUCCGAUUAAGAUCCAAUCAAUUUAGUGGAACUAUUCCCCCACAAAUUUGCCAAUUAACUACACUCAUAGUAUUGGAUUUUGCGGAGAACAACAUAUUUGGUUCAAUACCGCCUCGCCUACAUAAUAUGAAAGCCAUGGCAUUCCCUCGUUCUUCAGAGCCUUCUAGCAUUUGCAUCACAAGUCAAGGCGUUGUUUACAAAAUCAUUGACAGUGCUAUGUUGCAUAUAAAAGGCCAAGAAUGGUUCUAUGAAGGAAACUUGAGAUUGAUGCGUAGUAUUGAUCUAUCCAGUAACAACUUAUCUGGAAUGAUACCUCCAGAUCUAUACAGCCUCUUUGAAUUGCUUGCUUUGAACUUGUCUCAUAAUCGAUUUGAAGGGAACAUACCAAAAGAGAUUGGCAACUUGAAACAGUUGGAGUCUCUUGAUCUUGCAAACAAUCUACUUUCAGGUGAAAUUCCUCAAAGUAUAGCUCAAUUGUCUUUCUUGGAAGUCUUGGACCUUUCUUUCAAUAAUUUCUCAGGAAAGAUCCCAUUAGGGACCCAACUUCAAGGGUUUGCUGCACAAAGUUAUACUGGAAAUCCAGAACUAUGCGGAGUUCCACUGCCAAAGAAUUGUGCAGAUCAAAAUGACAUGAAACCUGUUGAAGAAAAUGACAAUCAAGAAAAUGAAUUUCUGCCUUCAUUCUACAUGGGGCUGGGAGUGGGAUUUGCCAUAGCUUUUUGGGGAGUCUGUGGUGCCAUUUUUUUCAAUAGGAAUUUCAGGUGUACUUACUUCAGAUUCUUCUAUCACAUCAGAGACAAGCUUUAUGUGUUGAUGGUCCUCAAGAUGAAUCGUUUCCGUUGA